CCGAGCCAGGUAUCACCACUUAAAAGCUUUGCAAGUGCAUUAACUUCUUGCCAGGAGUUUAUCACAUUCCUUUCACUUCAAAUUCUUACAAUUUGUCUGUCAAUGGAAGGAUCACUGCUUAUCAAUUCAACCGAUGUUUUUACCACACAUUAUCUUGUAUCACUUCCAUAUCAAAUCAUUUAAAGUUUAAGCAUUUAUGUUAUUCUGGCACUUGUCCUCAAACCUCUAUGACUUAUUUCAUGUGUUGUAAUGUAGGAAAAUGAGAAAAAAACAUAGACCUGCAGGAAGCUAGUCAGAAGUUGUGCAGCAAAAAUGUGUGCUUCAGGUCAUUUUUUAGGUCACAUGAAUCGGAGACGGUCCUAUGGCAAGUUUGGACCUUUAGUAGGUGCUAUAGAUGAGGGCACAAGUAGCGCACGGUUUUUGGUGUUUGCUGCACGAACUGCUGAAGUUCUUACAUACCAUCAAGUUAGUGUGCCAUCAAUAUGUCCUAGUGAAGGAUGGGUAGAACAAGAUCCUCAAAUCCUUAUGAAUGCAGUUCUCGAGUGUGUGGAGCGAACAGUUGAGAACCUACGGCACUUAGAAAUCGAUCCAAAUGACAUAGUUGCAAUUGGUGUUAGUAAUCAAAGAGAGACAACUGUUGUUUGGGAUGUAACUACUGGAAAGCCUCUCUACAAUGCAAUGGUUUGGUUAGAUAUGCGUACCUCAGAAACUGUAGACAAACUAUUAAAAAAGGCACGCAAUAAUGAUCCUGAAUAUUUAAAGCCUUUGUGUGGUCUGCCAAUCAGUACAUACUUUUCUGCUGUCAAGCUUCGUUGGCUUUUUGACAAUGUGAAGGAGGUUCAAGAAGCACUUGCAGAUGGACGUUGUCUAUUUGGUACCAUUGAUAGUUGGAUCAUUUGGAAUCUUACUGGAGGGAGAGAUGGAGGAUUACACGUCACAGAGGUGACCAAUGCUUCUCGUACAAUGCUAAUGAAUAUUAAAACAUUAGAUUGGGAUGAUGAUCUUUUAAAAUUUUUUGAUGUCCCUAAGGAAAUACUACCUGACAUCUGUAGCUCAUCUGAAAUUUAUGGAUAUGUUGCAUCAGGUUCUCUAGCUGGUGUCCCUAUAUCGGGUUGUUUGGGCGAUCAGCAAGCAGCCUUAGUAGGGCAGAUGUGUUUCAAGAAAGGACAAGCGAAAAGCACCUAUGGAACUGGUUGCUUCCUCCUCUAUAACACAGGAAAUUCUGUUAUUCAGUCAAAACAUGGCUUAUUAACAACUGUGGCCUAUAAACUUGGUCGUAAUAAGCCACCGGUGUAUGCUUUAGAAGGGUCAGUAGCUGUAGCAGGAGCAGCUAUUAAAUGGCUCCAAGAAAAUUUGGGUCUCUUUGAGUCUUUGGAGGAAAUUAAGGACCUAAAUGAUUAUUCUGGGCAUGUGGGCGAUGUAGUAUUUGUGCCUGCUUUUUCCGGUUUGUAUGCUCCUUACUGGCGAAAGGAUGCUCGAAGUGUGAUUUGCGGUUUAUCAGAAGAGACUGAAAAAGACCAUUUAAUUAGAGCAGCUUUAGAAGCUGCUUGUUUCCAAACUCGUGAUAUCCUUGAUGCAAUGAAUGCAGAUUGCCACAUUCCAUUAAGUCGUUUGCUGGUUGAUGGAGGGAUGACAGCUAAUAAUUAUCUUAUGCAACUUCAAGCAGACCUAAGUGGUAUUCCAGUUGUCCGCCCUCUCAUGACUGAAGCAACAGCACUAGGUGCAGCUAUAGCAGCUGGAGUUGCCGAGGGAGUUGCGGUGUGGGAUUUGGAAAAUACAGUUGAUGUGCCUUAUGAUACAUUUUAUCCUCGUAUGAAUGACAAUGAAAGAGAAAUUCUUCACCAAAAGUGGAAGAAAGCAGUAGAUCGAAGUCUUGGUUGGGAGGUGGAUUUAACGGAUGAACCUUCUGAAGGCAACAUACCUCUGACUUUGGCCUCUUUGCCUUCAUGGCAUGUAACUAGUGCUGACAACUAUGCCUCAAUGAUGUCAACCAUACCUGCUGGAAUCUUCCUUGUCACAGCCCUUGGUCUUAUGGUUUUGGCUCGUUGGCGUAGUGGUCUAGUUUAAUAAUAUUGGGGUAUGAUUAUGGCUGCCUCAAGUAUAUUCCUAGAGAAGAAAGAAAACAUGUAUCUUCCAGAACACUAUUGAUAACCAGAAUGCAUACCGACCACAUUAAUAGAUCAGUUUGGUUUUAUCUGAGUUGUUUCCUUUGACAAAGUUGUUGUGCACUUGUCUUUCUGCAUUUAUUAAAUCUUAUGUUAUCUAAUUUUAGAGGUUUUAGAAAUUGAUGUUUUUUCGUUAUGCACUGGAUGUUUUUAGUGGAACUUGUGAUAGGUUGGUUAUUCUCAUGUCUUGUCUUAUCACAUGGAAGAUUUCAUUUAUUUGACAUUGUUUUAAACAUGCCAGUACAUGGUCAGUCCAAGGUAACAGAGUGAAAUAUUGUACCAACUCACUAACUCCCAUACUGAUUUUUACCUAGUCAUUAACAAGUGUUCAAAUAAUUUUUGUUAGUAUGUAUAUCAAAAAAUGUUAGAUAGAAUAAUCUUAAGAGAAGUCUUAAUUAUCCUGAUGCAUCAGGAUCUUUUCUUCUAGUCAAUAGUAUAAGUUUCAAGCAAGUUAAUUGCAUCAGAGUGGAGGUAAUAAUUGACUCUUGCAAAUUUUGUCUAUUGAAAAUUAUGUACCAACUGCUUCCUCCAUUUUUCUUGGAAAAUUAUUUUGUUUGAUCGAUUGGUACUAUAUAUAUGUUCGCCUUGCUUCUAUUGUUUUACAGGAGUUACAACUUUAAGUGAAAUAGGAAAUUAAAACAUUCAUCAUUAUGGA